GAGAGAGGAUGGCUCAGGAGACAAACCAAACGCAGGUGCCCCUGUUCUGUACCACAGGCUGUGGAUUUUAUGGCAGCCCCCGGACUAAUGGGAUGUGUUCCGUUUGCUAUAAGGAGUUUCUGCAGAGGCAGCAGAGCAGUGACCGGAUAAGCCCCCCAGCUCCCAGCGGUCCCAACAGCAGCCCAAUGGCUUCAGACUCGAUUGCAGGGCAGCGUGCAGAGGGAGACUCCACGCCCGAGGAUGUGAAAGCCAGUGCUCAGACUCCUGUGACCCAUCAGAUGACGGCCAUGAGCAUAUCCAGAGAAGAGAACAGCAGUGAGACAGAAGAAUUCAUAAAGACAGAAGAAGCCUCUUCAGCAUCUUCCUCAUCAGGUACCCUGCUUGAAAUAUCCCAGAACACAGCUGAGGGCAAGACAGCUUCAGAAAAACCGAAACAGAAGAAGAAUCGCUGCUUCACUUGCCGGAAGAAGAUAGGGCUAACCGGCUUCGACUGCCGCUGUGGGAACCUGUUCUGUGCCAUUCACCGGUACUCCGACAUGCACGCCUGCCCCUACGACUACAAGGCAGAAGCCGCGGAGAAGAUCCGUAAGGAGAACCCCAUCGUUAUUGCUGAGAAGAUCCAGAAGUUGUGAAGGGGGCUGAGCAGCUCCAACUGCAGCCAGGUGGCCUGGUGCUCCUCCCCUUCCUCCCAGCCUUCCUCUUCCUCCCAGACCCGUCGGUGGUGCGAUGGGGACUUCAGCAGCACACACAAACCAGCGCCCGGACGUGGAGACUCUUCGCACUUCUUCAGCAGAAAGUUGGCGUUCCUUCUCUUCCU